AUGGCCGAUCCUGAGAUGAAAUCUGCCAAGACGGAGCCUUCAAAUUUCGAGGAUAAUGUCGAACAACUCGCAGGAGACUAUAGCAAUAUAGCAAGCAGAGACAAAGCCCUGAAUCUGUUGGCUAAUCGCCAUAUUGUCUUUGAUCCCAAUUCUCCGCAGGCAAAGCGAGUGCGACAGAAGAUUGACAUGCAUAUCAUGCCAAUGAUAUUUGUCAUCUACUGUCUCCAACUCAUGGACAAAAAUAGCUUGUCAUACGCUGCAAUAAUGGGCAUUAAACAAGACACGAAUCUCACACCCUCACAGUACUCCUGGCUAGGUUCGCUCGUGUAUUUCGGCUACUUAGUAGGUGAUAUUCCUGUGACUUUCCUUAUGCAACGGCUACCCAUAUCCAAGUACUUCAGCAUCAUGUGCAUGAUAUGGGGAAUUAUUGUUGCCUUACAUGCGGUAUGCCAUGACUUUGCCAGUUUGGCUACGGUCCGAUUUUUUUUGGGUGCUAUCGAGGUCUCAACGGUUCCCGUGGCUAUCCUCAUUACCGGCACCUUUUACACAAAGGAAGAGCAAGUCACAAGAGUGGCGAUUUGGUACACGACAUCCGGAUGGGCAGCUGUUUUCGGAGGCUUCCUUGCAUGGGCAAUGUAUCGUGCAGACAGCUUUCGAUGGCAAGGGCUUUUUGUCCUUUAUGGAGCUAUGACGUUUCUGACUGGAGUUGUCUUAUUUCUGUUCCUUGCAGCUUCGCCGACCGAAGCCAAAUGGUUGACCGAGGAAGAAAAAGUGAUUGCACUUGAACGAGUGCGAGGCAAUAAAACUGGAACCGAGAUCUGGAAAUUCAACGCCUCACAGCUUCGGGAAGCUUUACAUGAUGUCCGCUUGUACCUGACUUUCCUGGUGCUUAUUUCGAUUGGGAUGCCUAACGGUGGACUCACUGCUUUCGGUCCUACUAUCAUCAAUAACUUUGGCUACGAUGUGCCUACAACCCAGCUCCUGAACGUGGGCUCUGGUGCGGCUCAAGUAGUUGGCGUUGUCCUCGCUCUGUUCGUUGCGAAAUGGACCAACCGCACCAUCGCCGGUGUGUUCCCACUUGUACUCGCAUGUGUUGGGGCUGCCAUGAUGCUUGGAAUCUCGAGCUCGAACAAUAAUGCUCGUUACGGUGGUUAUGUGCUCGCCUAUCAAUUCCCGAUCUGCGUUUUGUCCAUAAAUACCUUUAUGACCGCAGGUAUCUCUGGGACUACGAAGAAAUUUGCCUUUGGGUGUGCCUACCAACUUGGCUAUGCGAUUGGCAAUAUUAUCGGCCCCCAAACAUACAGGGCAUCCGAUGCGCCUGAUUACUACACUGCAAAAUACACCAUGCUCGCGUUCUUUGUUGUUGCCGCCAUUUUGAUCGGUAUUUACGGCGUGCUCCAUCAUCGAUGGAAUCAAAGAAAUGAAAAGCAUGGGCCGGCUCCUAUGCCCGAACAUUCGAGCGCUAUUGAAAACGAAGAAUUUGCCGACCUCACUGACUUCCAGAUGAGGAACUUCAAAUAUCCGUUAUAG